AUGGUGAAAUUAUUGUAGUAUCUAACGACUGGAAAAGCGGUUGUAUACGAUAUUAAGUGGAAAGUAACAAUUUCAUAGUGCCGCCAUGAUAGAAUGUGGAAUAUCUAGUGAUACAAAUCAAAGGAAUAAAAAUAAUCAAAUACAAACUUUCUUGCAGAACACUAAACAAGCAUUUACAUCACACAAUGGAUCGCAUUGCUUGUUUUGGAAAUUAUUUGAAUCAUGGAUGUUCAUAUUGUAUCGUAAGAAGAAAUUAAUUCGUUCCUUGAUCUUGACUUUUAAAUGAACCGCACAAACAUGGCGGAUUUUUCGACUUAUAAUAAAUUGUUCUAACAUGACAGAUUCGUGAAAGGACUAUGACCAGGAUUUUCUACAGAUAUCAAGACAGAAAUUAAACAGUAUAUGAAUUUAUUCUUUUAUGUAAACAGAACCACACCUAUAACAUGACAACAUUGACCUAACGACGGUCAGCGUUGCCUGUUAUGGCAAAGUGCGAAUUUUUGUUGUAACUGAAUCUUAAGGCGAGAAUAACAGUAUUAGUUUAUAUUCAGAAACUUAUUGGUGUGAAAAUUAAAUAGUGAUGCUAGAAAAGGUCUGGUCCAACAGAAAGCAGUAUCGAUUAUGUGUAUGUUUCACAUGAACGACGUGGCACCACCGUACAUAUCUUCUUUGAAUCGAAUACCAUAGUCGGGCAAUUUCCCACGGUAGUAGUCGUCAACGGUUUGCUUACGUGUAAGCAUUUAAAAGCUGUGCUUAAAAUUUACAAGCCUGGGUAAGUGAAAGCAGGAUUUGAAAAGCUGCACAUUGAAAUAUCAGUGUACUGCGGAAUUCUGUGUGAACCAGCAUCUCAUUGUUUUCCGGGACUGAAGAAUAUAAGAACAUUUUAAAAGAAAAACGCACGAAGGUGUUUUACGUGACCAGAAAAUAAGAGGAGCAUUCUGGGCCACUUAACGUCAGUUUCCUUUGUAAUUGCCCCUCUGUAUUAUGGCUCCCAAUGGUACUAGCACAACUCUCUCAUUGCCUGUUGAAAACACGACCACACACCUUAAAUCCUCCAUGGACAAUGUGGAUGCCCCAACAAAUGACCGCACGCCUGUCAGUUCCACUGCCUCGUCUGCCUGCCCACCACUUCCUUUGAGCCCCAUUGUACCAGUACAGCGGCCCACCAAUUACUGGCCAAUGCUGAACAUGAAGCGUGAGUCUGACCGUCGGAAGACAUAUGAGAGAUGGGUGGUGCCCUUUAUGGACCCGAAUCGCCUGGCGGCUGCUGGGUUUUACUACAUAAACCAGGGUGAUGUGGUGCGAUGUGUGUUCUGUGGGGUUGAGGUGGGGCACUGGGAAGAAGGGGAUGAUCCCUUCAGGGACCAUCAACGUUGGGCCCCAUCCUGUGGGUUCGUCAGAGGUUUGCAAGUUGGAAACAUUCCCAUCAGUCAGGAUGGCCUGCCUGAGGGGCCAUCAGCUCAAGAAGCAAGUCGUAGCUAUGAUGUCUGUGGGCCAUACCUGGAGUUCAGACCGAAUUCUGGCCCCGAGAGAGCGGUGAGCAGUGGCUUGAACCACAACCUGUUGACACCAGAGGAACUGCAGAAACAUGGCAUCCACCAGAGCCGUGGCCCACUUCACCCAUCUUACAACACGUACGAUGCACGUGUACGGUCGUUUGAAAGCUGGCCACGCUCCCUCAAACAGAAGCCGGACAAGCUGAGUGAAGCCGGUUUCUACUAUACAGGCAAGGGAGACCAGACUGUGUGUUUCCACUGUGGUGGCGGGCUCAAAGACUGGGAGGAGACGGACGACCCGUGGGUUGAACAUGCUGUGUGGUUCCCCAAGUGCAUACAUGUUGUACUCAUUAAAGGACGGACAUUCAUUGAAGAAUGUCAUCGGUUGAAGGAAGCCAGAAUGCCUGUCCAGGAUGUGAAGGAUCUGUUAGAUGUCCAGAAAACACAGGCAU